CCAGUGUCUAAAUCUCGCCAAAGCCAUCCCUCCUCUGACCUCUCCUCCCGCUCAAACCCUAAUCCGCCAAUGGCCUCCGACAUCGACUCUCUCGCUUCCCGCCUCGCCCCCGAUUCCGACCCCGACAACCUCCCCCUCGCGGCGCGCCGUAGCCGCCUUCUCCGGCCGCGGGUAGAGCCCUCGCCUCCCACGCCCGACAGGUGCGAGGCUAGCCAGGCCCCGGAGGGUGCUCGUGGAGCGGCCCAGCAGAGCUGGCCAGGGUUACCGAGAGGCGUACAAUUUAAUCCUAGCGACAGUGAUCUUCUAUGGCAUCUGGCUGCUGAAAUUGGGAAGGGCCACGCUCACCGUCAUCCAUUCAUCAGCGAGUUUAUUAAAUCUGGCGAUGAAGAUGGCGGGUUUGGCUGCACCCAUCCUCAAGAUAUGCCAGGUGCAAAGCAGGAUGGGCAUGCAUCAUAUUUCUUUCACAAAAAAGUAAACCUAUGCAACGAUAAGAAUGGCAAAUUCAUCAGCUGGCGAAAAGCUGGAGCCUCUAUAUCAAUAGUCUUGGAUGGGACUCUGCAAGGUUGCAAGGAAGUAUUUGUCUUGUACGCCUUCAAGAACAGUGAUAACAUCCCUCAGAGAACUGACUGGGAAUUACAUCAAUAUCAUAUGAAAAACACAAUAGAGGACGAGGGCGAACUAGUGGUAUCAAAGAUAUUCUACAAUUCGCAAAGUAAUCAUUGUGAACGGGCUGCGAAAGCUCCUGUUCAAUCUGCACAGGAUGAUUCUGUUACUGAUAAUGAUUCCAAAGAAGAAACAGAGGAUGCACGAUUGGAAAGUCAUUCUGUUAGUAUGGCUAGUGACAGUAAUUUUGGCCAUGGGAGCAACCAGGAACAGAUGCUGGUUGAGAAGUAUCCUGAUCAGGCACGCCACGAUGUUUUGGGUACCGCAGAUAUGGAUCAUGAAAACCAAACUAAAAAUCAGGAUGAAACUGAGCUUGAUCACAUGUCGCUGCAAGAGCGCUACAUGAUCCUUCUAGCAAAGAAGCAUUCUUGCUCUGCUAGGUUAUCUGCUGAAACAUGUCCAGUGGCUGAUUUGGAUAACUCAUCCAUGCAAAUGAAUGUUGAAACAAGUGGGCCAGUUCCCAAAAGUGAGAGUGAGGAAAUUGCUUGCAGAAAUCAUGAAGGAACAGCCUGCAGGGAAGAUAUAUGUAGCAUGUUGCAGAAAGUUUCUUCUGCGCCGUCUAUUACAGAUAGUAUGGAUGCUGACAAUAAUGUGAGGUUGAUUGGUGAGAUUCCUCUGGACACCCAAAUAUCUUCAGUAGAAUGUUUUGUCGAUGGCAAGAAAGUUCCUUAUGACCCAGUUGAGGAUGCUGAAGGUUCAGUAAAUGACAAGACAUUAAAUUCUACUGCUGAGCUGCUAUCAAGUCAAACACUGGCUUGUGGGGAUAAAAAUAGUUACCUUGCAGUGAGAAAUUGUGGGACCUAUUUGGUUGAUGUAAAAAUGGAGCCUGCAUUGGAAGGGUAUGCGAUUUGCCCUUCUGAAUCUCCUUUUGUGAAUUCCCACCACUCAAACAAUGAUGACCUGAAGGACUCUGACUCUGCCCCAGAAUGUAUGUCAAAAGAUAGUGUAACUGAUUCUGCACAUGCUGAAGGUUCACUACCAUCUGUAGUUGUAAAAAGUGAACUAACUGGGUAUGAGUUGCCUGGCUUAUGUGAGAAAAGCUUUAUCAAUAGUAUGGAGCCUAUUGAGAAAAAUACUCAUACCAGAACUCCAAACUGCAAUGGGGGCCUUCCAUCCUGUUCUCGUCAAAGGAAAAAGAGGAAAAUUGCAACGGAUUCAAGUGAAAAGGUGCUUGAAGAAGAUGCUUACAAAAAUGAUGAAGGUGUUGCUUACCCUUCUAGGCGAAGGAGGAAGAAGAAAACCGCGACGGAUUCGAUUGAAACAGCUCUUGAAGAAGAUGCUCCAGGUCUUCUACAGAUGCUUCUGGACAAAGGAAUAGUGGUAAAUGAGAUUAAACUUUAUGAUGUUGGAGAAGAAGAUGAAAUGCUUCCAGACUGCACAGAGAGUGACUUUCAAGAUCUCGAGAAUGUCAUUGCAAAAUUGUUUCCACAGAGAGCAUCCUUGUUGAAGUCUGCAGCCAGACAUGCAAAGGGGGGAGGAAAGGCUAUUUACUGCUUAGCUUGCUUAAUUUCUCUCAUUGAGCAGUCGCGCUAUCUUCAAUUCCGUGACUGUCCUGUGGAAUGGGGAUGGUGCAGGGAUUUGCAAUCCUUCAUUUUUGUAUUUAGAAGCCACAAUAGGCUAGUUCUUGAGCGCCCUGAAUAUGGUUAUGCAACUUAUUUCUUUGAAAUUGCGCAAUCAGCGCCAAUAGAAUGGCAGAUCCGAAGGCUGGUUACUGCUAUGAAGCUUAGUAACUGUGGCAGGACAGCUCUUAUUGAAGACAGGCCACUAUUGGUUGGUGAAGAUUUAUCAGAAGGGGAGGCGCGUGUUUUGGAAGAAUAUGGCUGGAUACCAAGCACUGGGCUUGGCACAAUGCUAAACUAUCGCGAUCGGGUCAAUCAUGACAGGUGGAAUGAGAAAUAUAGCACAGAUUGGAGGAUGAAGAUUGGAAAGCUUUUGAUGAGAGGCUAUUCUGAGGGACAAUGUAUUAUAACUCACGUCCCGAUAAAUACAAUGCCAGAAGAUUAUUCUGAAGAAAUCAAGUUGGAGGAUCAUUGUUGAGAUCUCCGUCUUAUACAUGGGCUUGGUAGAGCCUUCUUCAUAGUCAGCCUUCCUCUAGGUAGUGUUGUAAAGUUGUAGUGUUCAUCAUGGAUCUAUGUCGAGAAGGCUCAUAGAAAACCUGUUGUGGGCCGUGCCUGUAUGUACAACUCAUUCGUUUGACAUGUGCCCUAUGAAUCAGUAUAGGGUGAGGCUAGCAUUUGCUAUGUGAAUAAGCUUAUUAGAUCAUAGGAAAUGGAGCAGACUGCUAGCUAGUCUCACUGAACUGAAAUGGCGUACUGUAGCGUACGAGUUCUGAAAUAAAUGAAGAGUAUUCUAGCAAAUAUAACAUGAAAUGCUUUGUCCCAUGGAGCGAGUA